AUGACUACCCAACGAGUCGACGUUCACCACCAUUUUGUCCCGGAGUUUUAUGCACAAGCUUUACAAGCUAAAGGCGGUGACCCCUCGGGAUGGGUGACCCCGGACUGGAGCCUGGAGAAGGACCUGUCAUUCAAUGACCAGCAUCGCAUAUCAUUCGCCUUUCUCACCAUCACUGCUCCCGGUCCUACUAUUCUCCCCCUCGCCGAACAGGUUGGCUUUUGUCAACAAGCCAACAAAACGGCCGCCGAGAUCCGCGCGGCCCAGCCAGCCCGCUACGGCUUUUUCGCCUCUAUUCCGUCUCUGCUUGACCCUGAGUCUGCCCAUAAAGAGAUCAUCCACGCGCUGGAUGAGUUGCAGGCUGACGGCAUCAUCUUGUACACCCGCUACGGAUCGGACAACCAUUACCUAGGCCACUCGGAUUUCCGGGCCACCUGGGACCUGCUCAACAAACGCGGCGCUAUCGUGUUCAUUCACCCAACGCACCCGGUCGAUACCCAAUGGGCCAGCCCCUCGCUCCCGCAGCCAAUAAUUGACUAUCCUCAUGAGACUACUCGUACAGCCGUCGACCUUAUUGUCUCCGGCAUCAUGCAUGACUAUACCGACUUGAAGAUCAUCCUCUCUCACGCCGGUGGCACCUUGCCCUAUCUGGCGCUGCGUCCAGCCACGGUACUGCCGUAUCUUCCAUCUCCGACUGCGCCCGUUCCAGCAGAGGGUCAGUCGGGCCGCGACCUUACGAACCAGUUCAUGGAGGACGCCAAGCGGUUCUACUUUGACACAGCAUUAUCGGCGGGGUCCCAUACUCUGUCUCUGUUGAGAGAGUUCGCGAAGCCGGAUCACGUGCUUUUUGGUAGCGAUUUCCCUUAUGCGCCGACGCCCGCUAUCGCAGAUAUGAACGCGAGACUGGACAGCUACGGCGCAGAACACGAGGCAUUUGUCCAGUCCAUUGGAUCUGGGGCUGCAUUGAAGUUGUUCCCUCGUUUGAGCAAGGUCCUAUCGAACGAUCACCAUGCUUAG